AUGAAAAUAUUUCAACUAAGUUUACUCUUGAUUGCUGUGUUGUCCGUUAAUAGUCAAUAUAGUCAACCGCAAGUAAGAGGAAAUACAGCUUUUAGAAGAAUUUCUGAUCAAUUGGGUCGUCCUAUAUAUAAUUUUUUUCGAAGAUGGUUUUGGAUAGCAACCGGUAGUAUACGAGAUUUAGAAGAAGAAAACCGAAAGUUAGAGAUAACACAACAUGCUUUAGAAAAAAUCCGUCCAGAAUAUGUUGAUAAAUUUUUUUGUGAUAUAGAUGGACCGGGAAAACGAAGUGAUGCUGUUCCAACAAGAGUCCAUCAAUUACGACCAGGUGAUAUAGAUAUAAUUGGAGCUAUGGGUGAUUCACUUUCAUCAGCAAAUGGUGGAUAUUCAACACAACCUUUGCAUCUCGCUAAUGAAUUUCGUUCGAUUGCAUGGUCGGGUGGUGGUAAAGGAACAUAUUUUACACAUGUUACCUUACCAAAUAUUUUAAAAAUGUUCAAUCCAAAAUUAUAUGGUUAUUCAACUGGUGAUGGUUUAACAAUUGAUAAAAGUUCUAAAUUUAAUUUGGCUGAACCGAUGACAAUGUCACCUGAUCUAUUAUUUCAAGCUAAAGUUUUAAUUAAUCGAAUGAGAAAUGAUGGAAAAGUUGAUUUUAAGAAUCAUUGGAAAAUGAUAACAAUAUUUAUUGGAAAUAAUGAUUUUUGUUCAGAUUCAUGUCAUUAUGAGAGUUAUGAAAAAUGGGUUGAUUUACAUGAAAAAGAAUUAAUAAAAACAUUACGUUAUUUAAGGGAUCAUGUACCAAGAUUAAUUGUCAAUGUAGUAGGUUUACCUGAUUAUACGAAUUUGUUUAAAAUAACAAAUUCUCCGAUUAGAUGUUAUGUUAUUUAUAGAGCUGGAUGUCAUUGUUUAUUUCAACCACAUAUGACAGUUGAAAAAUUGGGUUAUGUUAAAAGAGGUGUUGAUUUAUGGAAUGAAAGAGACAAGAAGAUUUCGAAUAUGGAAGAAUUUCAUACAAAUGAUUUUGCUGCUAUUUAUCAACCCUUUAUGACAAAUGUUACUUAUUUUGUGAAUGAGAAAGAAGGUAUAGCCGAUUUAAGGUAUAUGGCAUUUGAUUGUUUCCAUUUUAGUCAAUUGGGACAUGCAAUGGCUGCUUUAGGACUAUGGCAAAAUUUAAUGGAGCCUAAAUCAAAUAAAUCAGAUUAUUGGAAUCCUAAUUUAAAUAAAGUUUUCAAAUUGAAGUGUCCCACCGAAGAAUUCCCAUAUAUAAGAGUUGAUUAA